ACACCGAAAUGUCAUUCGACACCUAAAUCCGAUCCGAAAGAAAAAAAAGAAUCAAAUCCAAACAUGACUCAAUUAAAAUAAAUUUUGGUAAUAACAAGUAUUUGUGUCAGGAACAAAACAAGUAAAAAUUUUGUACAAAUUACGUGUAACCAUCAGGAAGUGAUCACAGAUAGUAGAAAAAAAAAUUACGACGAAAGAAAACUUGUGAUUGAGACCGAUCAAAAAUAGACAGAGAUACCGUUUUGGUGAUCAUUGAAAUCGAAAGAGCAAACAAUUAAAAAUGCAGGUGAACUAUAUGCGAAUCGCAAUUUAUGCGUUAACAUUUUUAACGUACGCUUACUCGGGCUAUGGCUCCAAUAUAAUCCACAAUUUGCGUGAUGCAAUCAUUGCGGCCGAAGCGGUGUUUGGGGAUGUCUUCAAAAAUCUCAUUCAUGUCGCACGCAAAUUUCAAACCGUUCAUUCAGUGUUUGAUGCAGCGGUCGAGGAAACGUGCGUGUUUAAAUGUCCUGGAGAUGUAUCGCCGGUUCGAAAUAAAUUCUACAUUCCAUCGGCCAAUGGAUGUGGUUCCUUGGGUUUGAAUAUCAAUACGGAAUACUUGCCAGCGGUUGAGAUGGAAAAUUGCUGCAAUGAUCACGACAUUUGCUACGACACAUGCAACAAGGAUAAAGAAUUAUGUGAUAUAGAAUUUAAGCGAUGCCUUUACAAUUACUGUGACACACAUGAAAAAUCAACGAUUGGAUCGGUAGUGGCGAAGGGAUGUAAAGCGGCUGCCAAAAUGCUAUUCACCGGCACAAUAACACUGGGCUGUCGAUCGUAUUUGGAUGCACAGGAACGAUCCUGUUACUGUGCACCGACCAGUUCCUCCUCAUCCAAAUCGGACAAAGACUACAAAAAUAAAGAUUAUAAAAAGUAUUCGAAAGGCAAAACACCUCCACCGCCUGGAUGGCGUAAUGAUCUGUAGUAUUUGCUAGGAAUUUCAUGGUUUUUCUGUAUGUACUGUUUGAACAAGCACGAUCGAUGGCAAUCCAUUUGGCAUCAUGUAAUUCUAUGUAAAUAGCGCCGACUCUCUGAGAUUAUUGAUAUUUUAACGUAAGCCAACAUGACUCCCAAAACAGCUAGUCCAAAGACAGACCGGUUACCUUCAUCAGACGAAUCCAAUUUUUUUUUAUUUAAACGGUGACAGUUAACACCCGAUUUUGACAUUCGGCCAAAUUUCGACUGAUCCAACUGAACGUUCAGUUUUGUCAAAUUGAAAUGUUGUUUUUGUUUUAUUUAAAUAAAUAAAAAGAAUGAUGAACGUUUUCAGAUUUUAAGCAACAUUUGUCUAAA